GUGUCGCAUAAUGAAUACGUAGGGGGAAAUAGCUGUUUUGCAUUCUUUCUAACGUCUUUGCACUCCGAAAUGACAAACUUGGUAGCUAACUACAUGUUUAUUUGAAGUGAAAAUGAAAGCAACAUACAAAACCUUUUUUGUAUUUUAUGUCUUGAUAUCGAAUGUUUUUGUGAACGCGUUCGAACCAAUCUCAACCACAUUUGUCGGUUUGGGAUUUACAGCAGUGGGGCGGAAAAUGUACAAUUAUGUAUAUGGUGAAAGUUGCGAUUCAAAAUGGAUUACUUUUAAUUCAACAGGUUUGGAAGUGGCCCUAGAUCGGAAGCUGUUUGGUCAACAUGUUGCCUCCAGAGUCAUCCAGAAAUCUGUAACAGGUUUCAUGAACAAUAAAAACCCUAGAAAGCCCCUGGUGCUCUCUCUACAUGGCUGGACUGGCACAGGGAAGGGCUUAGUCAGGAAGUUGAUAGCUGAAAACAUCUACAAGAAGGGCAUGGCCAGCAGUUUCGUCCAUCAGUUUGUGACUUCUACUCACUUCCCUAAUUGGAGUCAGCUGGAGAACUACAAGUCUCAACUGCAGCAGUGGGUCAAAGGCAAUGUCACCAACUGCCCACGUUCCAUGUUCGUCUUUGACGAGAUGGACAAGAUGCACCCUGGCCUGAUCGACUGUAUAAAGCCCUACCUGGAAUACUAUGAAAAUCUGGAUGGGGUCUCGUACCGCCAAGCCAUCUUCAUCUUCCUCAGCAAUGCUGGAGGGGAGAAAAUCACGCAGGUGGCCCUGGACUUUUUGAAAGCAGGUCGAGACCGAGAGGAGAUGACAUUGCAUGACUUAGAACCAGCUCUCUCCCUGUCCGUGUUCAACAACAAGAUGAGUGGGUUGUGGCACUCUAGUCUGAUAGACAAGAACCUAGUUGACUUCUUUGUCCCCUUCCUGCCUCUGGAGUACAGACAUGUGCUGCUGUGUGGCAUGGCAGAAAUGUCCGCCAAGGGCCUGGAGCCCAACCAGGACGUGGUUGACCAGAUGGCCAGAGAGAUGAUCUAUUUCCCAAAGAGCGAGAAGAUCUUCUCCAUCACCGGCUGCAAGACCAUCAGCGCAAGGCUAGAUUUACUGCAGACUGACUGAUCUAAUCAUAAUGAGUAGUAAUUUAGGAUGAAAGGUGGUUUGUAGGUCUGAUCAGUCGUUCUGCAUUUGCUGACGGUAAUGUAGACGAUCUCCGAGGGAACAGCUACUGUAUCUAUCUACCUCCUACUCUACUGUUUGCACUUUCUUUUUUAAAUGUGAAAAAAACAUGUUGCCCCUUUUUCUCCCCAAUUUCGUGGUAUUCAAUUGUUUUUAGUAGUUACUAUCUUGUCUCAUCACUACAACUCCCGUACGGGCUCGGGAGAGACGAAGUUUGAAAGUCAUGCGUCCUCCGAUAUACAACCCAACCAAGCCGCACUGUUUCUUAACACAGCGCGCAUCCAACCCGGAAGCCAGCCGCACCAAUGUGUCGGAAGAAACACCAUGCACCUGGCAACCUUGGUUAGCGCUCACUGCGCCCGGCCCGCCACAGGAGUCGCUGGUGCGCGAUGAGACACGGAUAUCCCUACCGGCCAAACCCUCCCUAACCUGGACGACGCAAGGCCAAUUGUGCGUCACCCCCAGUUACAACAGAGCCUGGGCGCGAACCCAGAGUCUGAUGGCACAGCUGGCGCUGCAGUACAGCGCCCUUAACCACUGCGCCACCUGGGAGGCCCUGUGUGCACAUUCUUAAUGAGAACAUCUCCGACCAGUCGGAGUGAGGAAGUCAGUGACUGAUGAUGACCCGCCCCUCAGGCCUCCCACCGUCAACACAACCAUGUGGAGAACAUCAACGGCCUUGUUCUUGUCGUGUCACUUCUCCCUGAAGAUGGAUUACAGAGAGAGAGGAUGCCAGAUUUAAGAAGAGAUAUAAAAUGAAAACACUGAGGGGAAACGCUAUUCUUUUUAACCAAUCAAGGUGCUUGUUCCUGAUUUCUAUUUUUUUGUAAAUGAUUACCUCCAAAUAAUGAUUUUCUUUCUCAUGGAAUUCUGCUGCACAUGAACUGUGGCAAGUGAAAAUUAGUUGUGUAUUAGAAACAAAUGUGGUUUAAAGUUACAAUCUCUAGUACUGUAGAAAGGGCCCAUGGAGUUGGUGGAAGAAUCCUUUAAUUCAUGGCCACUUACUCAGCUUGGCCAGGGGCGCUUUAAUUAGGUCAGGUGGAAAUGUCAGACAGAUCUCAACUCCAUAAAAGGAGGAAAUCUCCGAUCUGACUGCUUUCUCUUCCUUAACUCCGUCUAAUCCGGAAGUUCUGUGUGUCGAUGAAUCCACGUAAGUCCACCAAAUCUGUUACCUUUCAUCUGAACCUUUCAUCUGAACUAUCUGUUGCGAUCGGGAGAGUGGGCCAUAAGUUAUUGUUUAUAGUUAUUACCGCGGAGCGCAGCUUGGAGAGCACGCUUCAAACCUAUUGUGUAAUGUGAAUGGUCAAUGAUCACGGCCCUACGGAUCAUCACAGGCCAAUUAUGCCAUCGAUAUAUGGUUAAUAUGUCAUGAAAUUACAUGUACAUAUGAAGACACUUGAAAGGGUGAAAUAUGAAACGUCAUCGUUUGCUGAACUGAUCGAUUCUGAUAUCAAACCAAUGGGGAUUAUUAGAUUGAAUAACCAAUCACUGUUUGUAUUAUUCUUCUCAUGAUUAUGAUUAAUAGUUACGAGCAUAAAUUACUCAAGGAUGAUUCCUAUUGACUUCUUAAUGAACUGAUUUGUUGAAUUCCCUAAUUAUGUUUAUAAUGAAUGAUUAUGAUUUGAUAUUUCUGAUUAUGAAUUUGAUUGUAUACAUGUUAUCAGUUUGAUUGGAUACAUGUUAUUCUGUUUCCUUUGUUAUGCAGCACAGACUACCCAGUAAAUAUACCACUUUAUGGUUAAAGGAAUUCCUGCCUCAGUCUCAUCCAUUCCUCCCCACACAGAUUCCACUAAUCUGUCCUUCGAGCAGGAUCAUGACUGAGCUAAAGACAGGUGAAAUGGAGGGAGAGAAGGAAGAAUUGUCUCCACUGGAAGGAAGGAGAGAAGAAGAAAGCGCAGCUGAGGAAAAGGUAUUGGAACAAAUGAAAGAUCCAGGAGCUAAGCCUAAAGCAACAAGGAAGGCUUCAUCCUCAACCACCAGAAAUACCAGACAAGCACCUGGUUAUCUUUAUUAUGUGGUCGAGUUUUCCACAUCAAAGGGAAAGCCCACCAGAGCUCAGUGGUGAUGGAUCAACUGUAUGUUUCAGCCAUCAACCAUCCCCGGAGAGCCAAGGACCGGAAACUGCUUUGGGACGAGAAAGUGGUCUACAGGAAGAACCUAUGGAGGAGGUAACUCCCACCGCACAGGUCGACCAGCUUCCUGAGGCAGGCUCCGCUCACCCCUUAACUAAUGGGAAAUUGUUGAGGCACUCUAGACGGAGUGAGAGUUCGACCAGUGGAUACCCCUUUCGAAGUGGCCAUGGCAGCCGCCAUUCACUAGCCCUCAGCGAUUCACAGACCGCUGUCCUACUAGCGUUGGAGGAAAGAGCGUCAGAUUGAGGUGGAACGACAGGCUGACGAACGUUGUCACCUAUUGGAUGUGCAGGCCCGUAGAGCUCUACGGGAACAGGAAUUCAUUGCCAAGGACCUGGCACAGCAGUGACAGCACCGUCAAGCAAGAAGGGAAUUUGAGGAGGCACGGAUGGUCUCAUCCUUCCUGGAGAGGAACGAACAGGGAGUUGACCUGACCACCCCUCCACAUGGACCUAACCUGUCUGGGAUACUAGGGCCGGACAAAUGUCACCACUCUCUAAACGACAGAGGACUCGCAGUCCAUGAGAUCAAUGUGAUGGUUAUAUUCUUCAAGAAUCAAUGGGUACAUAUCGUUAAUUGAAAAAGAUUUGGACAGCCGUAAGUAUUGCAGGUUUCCCCUUUAAUUGUAAUUGAAAUUGUAUCACCUGAAAUAUUGUCCACUGGAUACCCAUUGUGUAUUUUAUAUCUGUUGUCAAUACCCAGUUUACCAAUACCUAAACAUGGAUAAAUCUGCCUUUACUUGCAUCUAUUUUGCAUUUGUUUUUAAUCCUUUCAUUCACCAGAAGCAUUGUGUACAUUUUCAAAAUCUGCUGUAAGUUUAUCUUUGGGGGUAGUCAUGACAUGCCUGUGAGGAUCAGCUCUUUAGAGAUAUCCCUCACUCCAGCAGAGGGGAAGAGGUGGGGGGGGGUUUAUGACCCCUCACGCCCGUUGUAUAUUAUAAGGCAGCAGACCAACUCCGUUCUGGUCUCUGAGAUAUCGUAAUGUCUUUGACCCUUAUGGAGUAUCUACCUCAGAACUGUCACAUGCAAUAAAUGGACUUUGGGACAUUAUAUUUCAUAAACCAAAAUGUGGAAAAUGAGGGCAGUUGGCCUAUGAAAAUGAAUGUCAAUUUUGUCAUGUAAUUAAAAGUUAAAUGAGGACGUUAUGACAUACA